CCUUACCCCUGGUUUGUAAAAGAUUCUAUGUUUUCAUGCUCGCAUGGGCGCUGUUGCUGGCCUGCUCUCCGGGGGUUGUCUCGAUCCUGCCACCCUGGGUGGAGGACAAGAGGACCCUCUUCUCUGAGAAUGCCGCGAGGCAGCUUCUGCUCAUGGGAGGUCUCCAUGACCUGCAUGGCCCCAUGCUGGCCAUGGACGAGGUCAAGACAGGAGACCUCGUGGAAGUGGCCCAGCUCGGGGACAGCGGGCUUUUUGAUGUGACCUGGACAGCUGGCAAGGUGCUGGCCAAGCAGAGCGAUGCAGUCGAGCUGAGCGUGAUUGACACGAACCAGAGCGUAGAGUACAAGGGCGUCCUCUUGCGGCGCUACCCCUGGAGAUUUGCUCAGCUAUCAGCCAACGACACCAUCGAGGUAUGCACCACGCGUGGCUGGGAGUCUGCCAACGUCAUCUCGGUAAACGAGGGGGAGGACAGCCUGACCGUGGAGUUCGCAGAUGGCCAGAGCUACCAGGAGGUGAGGCCGCGCACCAGGCCGCCGCAGGCGGCCAAGCCCAGUGAGCGCUACAAGGCCCAGGUGGGUCAGAAGGUGAAGGUGCAGACCUCCAAGGGCUGGGAGAUUGCCACGGUGCUGAAGAAGGACGAGAGCAGCGAUACUGUGGAUGUGGAAAUGUACCCGGAUGGUGAGACAUUCGCCCACGUCCGGCCCAAGGUGCUGGUCCCCAAGUCGCCGGACGCGAAGGCGCUGGAGCUCUGGCGCCAGAACCGGCGCCUCAGGGCGGAGGAGGCGGAGCUCAGGGCCUUGCGCUCCGUGGCGGAGCUCAUGGAGGAGGCGGAGGUGUCUGCAGAUAUGGCCCGUGACAUGAUCCAGCACUAUGCCAAGGAACUGAGACACUGACCGCGUGAGUUG